GUUAAUGCGCAUGCGCACGGGAAUAGCACGUUCUCGAAUGCUAGUGAAUGUGAAGCAUCACCAUAAUUUCACGCAUGGAUAAUUUAGGUGUGGUUUUGUGCUAUAGUCAUUUUCCGGUGUAACGAAAACACGUCAGAUUGCUGUUAUCAAGACAUUAACAACUAACUUUUAGACAUCGCAGCUGCUCGCAAACAUGGAACACGACAAGGAUAAGAAACACAAAAGUGAUGACGGCAAAGAUAAGAAAGCCCACAAGGAACAUGAAAAGGAAGAAAAAAAGAAACACGGAGAUGUAGACGAUAAGAAACAUGAAAAAGAGGAAAAGAAGAAAGAUGGAAAGAAGGACGAAAAGGGGCACGAAAAGGAGGAAAAGAAGAAAGAAGGAAAGGAUGGGAAGAAGGAAGAAAAGGGACAUGAAAAGGAGGAAAAGAAGAAAGAAGGAAAGGAUGGAAAGAAGGACGAAAAGGGGCAUGAAAAGGAAGAAAAGAAGAAAGAAGGAGCGGAUGGUAAGGACAAAAAAGAACACGAUAAGGAGGAAAAGAAGAAAGAAGGAAAGGAUGGGAAAAAGGACGAUAAGGAUCAUGAAAAGGAGGAAAAGAAGAAAGAAGAAAAGGAUAAGAAAAAGGACAAAAAGGGGCAUGAAAAGGAGGAAAAAAAGAAAGAUGGAAAUGAUGAGAAGGACAAAAAGGAACAUGAAAAGGAGGAAAAGAAGAAACAUUGAGAGGAAGCAGGAAAAGGCAGCAAACAUAAGCAUUUCCACAACAGCUUCUGUGACACCGCCUAAUUAUUGUCCUAACUUCGUGCAAAUAGAGCAAGUUUAACAACAACGUUUAUGACUCACCAACAUUCUUGAAUCCUACUAGGUGCAAUAAAUACUGAGUAGGUAGCAGCCCUCUUGCGCUUUGGGGAAUACCUUGCCACAUACAUUUAUAAUACACAUAACAAAGGUAUUUAUAAUUAUUAAAACCUCUCUUUUUAACGGAUGAAAAGACCGCUUAUCCCGUUUUUGUAGAGGCAAUGGAAAUUGUUCUGUUCCAGUCUUUGUCUUUUCAAAUACAUGACAAGACACCAUGGAAGUUGGGACACUGAUGACGGCUGGCUGACAUGUGAUCCAAAGUUAUGGUUGUGCUUUAUUUUGUAUCAUUUUAUAUUAAUAAUAUAUAUUUAUAUAUAGUCCCUGCUCAGAUAAAGUGUUGUUCCAGAUCAGCCUGUGCAGUUUUUCUGCCUACCGGUAAUCUGGUUUUCCGUUAAGAUAAAACUUCCAUUUUACAAACAAAAUCAUAAAAAUGGAAACUUUCGACCUCUAAGCCUGUACACAGGCUUAUCUGGGAGACAGUUUACAAAUAUUCAUUAAACCCGGUUUUCCUAGAGCGAAUCUCAUGACAUGAUGAUGAUCGCAUUGCAAUUGUAUGUUUUAUUUUAAAUGCACUUAAUGGAAAAAGAUAAAUGCACUUCUAUCAAAGUUAUGAUAAGGCAUUCUUUUUACUUUUUGUAGUUUAUUUUUUUUUGUUUACAUCAAUAUUUGUUUUGAUAAUAAAAAAUAUCAUUUUCCA